AUGGCGGAGUCGCAAAAGACAAUAUACGUUGACGAGAAGGCGGGCAAGGAUGAUGCUAGCGCGACGGGGACCGAGAGCGCACCGUACCAGUCUCUAGCAUAUGCGUAUAUCCAGAACGACGGCCAGGGGACCUACUUGCAAAGAAAAUACGAGGAGGGCAAAGAGCCUGAAUAUGCACCAGCCAGUAAGGCGGGCACAAAGAAAGCCGCCACCGCUCUGGCGACACACAAAAAGAAACAGGCCAAGGAGGCGGAGCUUGCGGUGAGGCAGAAGAAGGAACAAGAGGCAAGGGAAAAGGCGCUCGAGGAUGCGAAAAAGAUUGUCAUCACUGAGGACGAAAGCCUGCCCAAGCCGAUCAGGAUUCGACUCGACCAGACAGGCGAUUCGAUCGUCUUGCACAAAGAAGGCAGCGAGGAGAAAGGCACGAGAGUCAAAGUACUGGGUCGUGCACAUCACAUUCGAAAGCAGAAGGACGUCAUGUUCGUCGUUCUCAAGGACGGCUACGGCAAGAUGCAAUGCGUCUUUGCCGGCGACCUCGCAAAGACGUAUGACGCCGUUACACUCACGCAGGAGACAACCAUGGAGAUCAUCGGAGAACUGUACGAAGUUCCCUCAGGAGCACAAGCACCGCUUGGUCGCGAACUGCGAGUCGACUUCUUCCGCGUCGAGCCAAAGUUCAAGGCACCUGGGGGUGACGAUGCGAUCACCACGAGAGUAGCUCCGGAUGCCGACCCGCAGACAAAGAUGGACCUUAGGCACCUGACCUUGCGAGGUGACAACUCGAGCUCCAUCUUGCUCGUGAGAGACGCCGUUGAGUUUGCAUUCAACACCGUGUACAAGGAACUGCGAAUGCGCAAGGUCUCACCCCCCGCGCUUGUGCAGACACAGGUCGAAGGUGGCGCCACUCUCUUCUCGUUCGACUAUUACGGUGAGAAAGCAUACCUCACUCAGAGCUCGCAGCUCUAUUUAGAGACUGUCCUCCCGUCCCUUGGCAACGUGUACUGCAUUGAGAAGUCGUUCCGCGCUGAGAAGUCGCUCACCCGCCGUCACUUGUCUGAGUACACGCAUAUCGAAGCCGAAUUGGACUUCAUCACGUUCAAUGACCUACUCGAUCACCUUGAAUACGUCAUCUGCGCCGUUCUCAAGAAAACACUUGCCGAUCCGGAGGUGGCUGCCAUAAUCAAAAAGCUCAACCCGGAGUUCAAGAUGCCCGAGCAGCCGUUCUUGCGAAUGAAGUACUCGGACGCGAUCGCUUGGCUCAACGAGCAUAACAUUCUCACUGACGAAGGCAAGCCGCACGAGUUUGGCGAUGAUAUCGCCGAGGCGGCUGAGCGCAAGAUGACGGACGAGAUAAACCGUCCCAUCUUUUUGACGCACUUCCCAGUCGAGAUCAAGUCGUUCUACAUGUACAGAGACCCCAGCGAUCCCCGCGUUACCGAGAGUGUGGAUGUUCUCAUGCCCGGCGUCGGCGAAAUCGUCGGAGGAAGCAUGAGGAUGGACGACUAUGAGGAGUUGAUGCAGGGAUACAAGCGAGAGGGUAUCGAUCCGACAGACUACUACUGGUACACUGACCAGCGAAGGUACGGAUCCUCACCACACGGUGGUUACGGUCUCGGUCUCGAGCGCUUCCUUGCUUGGCUCUGCAACCAGUGGACUGUGAGAGAUACCUGCUUGUAUCCACGCUUUAUGGGUCGUUGCAAGCCAUGA